UUCACAACUUGAUUCUUUUUGCUGUUGAACAAAAUAAGAUUGAGGGCUCAUUACCUUUUAGUAUUUUCUUGAAUAUGUCUUCCCUGCAAGAAUUAAACCUAUGGAGCAACAAGUUCACGGGGAAUCUUACAAAGGAUGUUGGGAAUCUUACAACGCUAACCGUCUUAGCAAUUUCAGAAAACUACAUGACAGGGUUUAUUCCCACUGAAAUUGGCCAACUUAACCGGCUGAAAAGUAUAAUUUCAGAAGACAAUAACUUGAGUGGUUCCAUUCCACAUGACCUCUUUAACAUUUCUACUCUUGAAGCUCUUUCAUUUGCUGGGAAUGCCCUCUCCGGAGUUCUUCCAACCACUUUGUGCAAAGAUGAAGCUCUUCCCAUCCUUGAAUAUCUUUUUCUUUGCCAAAAUUCCAUUUUUGGACCAAUACCCAACUCUAUCUCCAAUUGUUCUCAUCUCAGAAUUCUCGCGCUUUAUGGAAACAAAUUGAGUGGUUUCAUACCUACUGAUCUAGGCAACCUAAGACUUCUCCAACGCCUUGAACUGUUCAGCAACAAUCUUUCUUCAAACCUCGAUUUCAUUACCUCAUUGUCAAAUUGCAGGUCUUUAAAUCGUUUGGCUUUAAGUAAUAAUCCUCUGUAUGGCGCCAUUCCACCUUCUAUCGGGAAUUUAUCUUCCUCACUCCAACAAAUCUAUGCCGCCGGCUGCAAAUUGAACGGCGCCAUUCCUGUUCAAAUAGCCAAUUUAACAAGCUUGAUGACCUUGGAUUUACAUGACAAUGGGUUAUCUGGCAAUAUUCCUCUUUCUAUUAAACACUUGCAUAACCUUCAACUGUUAAAUCUUGGUGCAAACAUGUUGCAAGGUCCCUUUCCAGAGGCUAUAUGUUAUUUAUACAACCUGAAUGGUAUAGCGAUUCGCCAAAAUUAAUUCUCAGGUUCAAUUCCUAAAUGUUUGGGAAAUGUCUCUUCUUUAAGAGUUGUUUUUCUAAAUGCCAACAUGUUUCAUUCAAGCAUACCGUUGAGCUUAUGGGACCUUAAAGAUUUGCUGAAUCUUGAUUUGUCCUCAAAUUCAUUAACUGGGUUUAUACCUCGAGAGAUAAGUAACUUAGGAGCAACAAUAUCUAUUGAUCUCUCCAUGAAUCAGUUGUCAGGGUCUAUUCCCGACACUAUUGGAAAGUUGCAGAAUUUGGCAAAUCUUUCUUUGGCAAAUAACAGACUAGAAGGUUCUAUUCCAGUUUCCAUGGGAAGCAUGAUCAGUUUGGUGACUCUUGACUUGUCCCACAGCAACCUCUCUGGUUCAAUUCCAAAGUCUUUGGAAGAGCUUCAAUACCUCAACUAUUUCAAUGUCUCUUUCAAUAGUUUGAGUGGAGAAAUACCUAGUGGUGGCUCUUUCAGAAACUUUACUAUGGAUUCUUUUAAGGGCAAUGGGGCAUUGUGCGGAAUCCCUAGAUUCCUUGUCCCUGUUUGCCCAGGAGUUUCUAAUCAUGUACUAUCAAAGAGGAAGAAGGUGGGACGAGCUUUAUUUGUGGCUUUUGGGGUUGUGGCUUUCAUUUCGUUUGUAUCUUUGGCUUUUAUCUUAAUCAGAUGCAAAAGGAAAGUUAAGACAACUAGAGAAGUUGAUGAGAUGAUAUCCGUUGUUCCAGAAAGAAUAUCUUAUUAUGAGCUUAUGCAAGCAACUGAACAACUCAGUGAGAGCAAUUUACUUGGAAUUGGAAGUUCUUGCUCUGUUUACAAAGGAAUUCUUAAUGAUGGGAAUGCUGUCGCUGUUAAGGUGUUCAAUCUUCAACUACAAGGCAUUUCAAGGAGAUUUGAUGUCGAAUGUGAGAUACUUCGUAGCAUUCGGCAUAGGUGUCUGACCAGCGUUUUAAGUUGCUGUUCCAAUGAAGAGUUCAAGGCAUUGGUGCUUGAAUAUAUGCCCAAUGGAAACCUUGAGAAAUGGUUAUAUUCUCGUAAUGAUUGCUUGAAUUUUAUGGAAAGAUUGAAUAUAAUGAUUGAUGUUGCAUCUGCUUUGGAGUAUCUUCACCAUGGUUGUUCAACACCUACUGUUCAAAGCGACUUGAAGCCUAGUAAUGUGUUGUUAGAUGAAGAUAUGGUUGGCCAUGUAAGCGAUUUUGGGAUAGCAAAGUUGCUAUGCAAUGGAGAUAGCAUGGUGUUAACCAACACCCUGGGAACACUGGGUUACAUUGCUCCAGAGUAUGGUUCAGAAGGACUAGUCUCUACAAGGUGCUAUGGUGUGAUGUUGAUGGAAGUAUUUACGAGAAAAAGGCCAAGUGACGACAUGUUUGUUGGAGAUCUAAGCUUGAAGAGUUGGGUUGAAAAGUCAGUUCCAGAAUUCACAUAUCAAGUUAUGAAAAGUCAGUUCCAGAAUUCACAUAUCAAGUUAUAGAUGCCAACAUAGUAAUGAAUGUUGAAGAAGAAAAUGGUGACAAAAUUGUGGAAUUCACAACAUCCAUAUUGGAGUUGGCAUGCAAGUGUUCUGCACAUUCCCCUAAUAAAAGGAUUAAUAUGAAGGAAGCUAUAGCAGAGCUGCAGAAAAUCAAACAUGGGUUUUUGGGAUGAAGCUUAAAUCACAGAGGGCAACACCUUACUUUUAUUUGGUGAAGCAAAUGCGGAGAGGGUUAUGAGCCUUGCAUUGCUAUCAGUGUAAUUCCAUUCACCGUUUUGUUCUAUGUUUUCUAUGCUUUGUUCAUUGAACUUAUCUAUAUCUACGUUCUACAUCUAAUUUUAUGUUUUCAAACUUCGUCAGCUAGUAGAUCUGAAAUUUCUCCCAA